GCAUGGCUCGCAGUGCGCUGGGCGGGAUCAGAUGCCUGCAGGAGGCUGCGGGCAGGCCGGUUUUUGAGCUCGAUGGCCGGCCGCAAGCGUCAGCCCAGUCGCAAGCGUGAGCCAGGGCCGAUGCGCUUUCCGUCGAUCUGACUCGCCGCCCGGCUUGCCGAUCCGACUCGCCCAAACCAACCGCCAACCCCGGGCCAUCACCGGCCAGCCGUCCGUCCGUACCGAGCCUGCAGCAAGGCUCGACAGAUACGAAGUCUCCGUCCAAGCAUCGAGUUCUCUGGCCAGCUCGCGACUCAUGACCGCCUCGACCUACCACCGAGACUAUACCCCGGUCGAUAUCCAUGCGCUCUUCGAGGCCGUCGAGUUCCCGUACCCCAACAGCUAUCAGCUGUGGAAGAUGAAUCUGGUGGCUUUGUCCAAUACACGGUCUCCGGCGUCCGGAGUCGACGGCACCCACCUCGACGACCACAGCGGCAGCAACAGCAACCGAAUGACUCUGUUUGUCGCUGUCGACAGCCGAGUGCAUGUGCAUUCGAUUGAGAUUCCGGUCGUGGCGGUGACCGACGAGCACCGUCCGCAUAUAUCGCUGGAAAGAGUGCUUGAUGGAACAGGAAUCAUCAAUGCAAUCCACCUUGGCCACGCCGGGAACCUCGAGAUUCUGGUCGCAGCCGACGACGACGGCAAUGUCAUUGUGUGGUUCACAUCGGAUCUGGAUCGCCCUCCGCUCAAAUUCACCAACGACAUUUCGACAUGGGGCAUUGCCACCCACGGUCCCAACUACCUGCUUGGAGUGUCCUCCAACGCCCAUGUUAUCACAGUCUGGGACAUCUUCAGCGAACACAUUGGCGAGACACACUAUCGCCGGUCGACGGAGGAUCCUCUUGGAGGAACCAGCUUGCGGAGACUUCACGGCCACGACCACAACAUUCCCUCCAUUGCCUUCACCAGCUGUGGUCGCCGGCUCUUGUCCUGCUCUAUUGACCGGACUUGCAAGCUCUGGGAUCUCAAGACCGGCGCCUGCCUAGCGAGCCAUCGGCUUUCCCAACAGUGGAACUGGAGUAUCGUCGCUAUUCCCGCCAAUGGGCUGAAGCACGUUCAUUCUGCUUCGCCGCUGCGGUGUAAUCCCUUUGUCAAUACCGAGACGGCCGAGCCCAAGAGCUAUCCAGUUGUUUGUGGGCAUGGGCUCCCGGAAGCCAGACUCUGGCGGAAUCAGUACCGAGCCAGAGCGGUUGGGCACGAUGUCUAUACAGACGAGCCAUCGCUUGAAUCUCAAUCGAGUCCACUGUGUGAUUCCGAUGAAGAUUCAGGCCCAGAGUCGGCAUCUGACACUGACCUGGACCAGGAGCAGAGCCCGCAUCGGUGCUGGGAAGCAGACUCAAAGACUUCGAAACGGCACAAAAACAAUCGCGAUCACACUUGGACAGGCCCAAACAGUAGUCCGACCUUGGCUCUUCCUCCUCCCAUAGCACCUCCCGACUCCUGCCUGUCUCGACAUAAGGCCAUCGAUAUCUUCCCAUCGUUUCUGCCGCACCAGCCGUAUCAGCGCAUUUUUUCGCUGCUCAGCGCCUUCAGCAUCGAUGACUACGACGACUAUGAAGACGGGGAAGUGGACAGCGAAACCCACAGCCACAGCGAAGACGAGGAGGUCCAGGGCAGCAACCACAGCGGAACGGAGCAAGAAAGUCUCAACGGCGAUGCCGACGACACAGAUGCCGACAUAUCGGCGAGCCAAGGGUCUGAGCAUGAAGACAUCAUCUUACAGACGUCCGACCAUGGAGCUUCUUUGGAAGACGUCGACAGCCCGUGGGAAGGUGCCACCGGUGGCGAGUGGAUGCCGGUUGAUCACAGCACCUCAUCCAAUGACGAGAACCGCGUCGAUGGCCUCUUCCCCAGCAACGCUCCAACAGCUCUGACUCACGAACCCGGCUCAAGUUCAUCAAACAGUGCCGUACAGGUCGAACAGAGUGGUCCAGAGGAAACGACCUCGACCGAAUCCUCGGGUGACCCAGGGUUCUUUACUCCGAGAUCAUUCAUCACAAGCGAUGUCUCUGGUCCAUAUGAUGAGGAUGCAGAUGAUCAGAGAAGUCGCGAAGGCUCCAUCGUCGUCCAAAGCGGCCACACAGACCACCAUGAUAGUCUUGUUCAUGGUGACGGUGACAGCGCUAGCAACAGCAACCCCAGUGACCAUAUCAGCCAGUCGUUUCAUUCGCUGGUCUCCUCGGCCGAUAAUUCGCCUGAUCCCGGCGCCAGCCAGUUGGAAUCAGAGCCACCUAACGAGAUCCCAGAUGUCUCUGCCGAAAUGGAGAGCAUGCGUGUCGCCGAAGAGGAGGAGCGGUAUCCCGUUGCUGGGCUGCUCUUCAAGCGCAAGGAACUGUCUCGAUCCUCACUUUUCUCGGGGCAUAAGAAGCCCCGACGCGACACAAGCGAGGAAGGCUGCAUCCUGACAGACACCCAAAGCUCGCCCGAGCCACUCGUCCUGGUUGCCACGCUUCGAGACCUUUAUCUGCUGGAUAGUGAGAGCCUUUCGCCGCUGUUUGUGAUCAAGGAACUCGUUUCAAGAGCUGAUAUGCGACUUCAUCCGCAUAUCCUCCCUUUCGAAAGGCUCUCCAUCGUCGAGUGGGUCGAGGAACUCGGGGUCGCCUUUGUGGCGAGCCAAAAGGGAUACGUUGCUGUUGUUCGUAUUUUGACAUGGUGGAAUCCGUCAAGUAACAAAUACGAGUACAGACUGCAAACGGAGGCAUUUCUGCCAGAGACCACGCCGCCGACAAUGCCGCUGUUGGGGAUGUCUGUACACAAGCACCGUGAGCAAGGGCUCCUGGACUUUUUUUCGGCAACGCUGGUCUUGAUGUAUCUUGACGGGACCACUUUCGCAUACGAGAUUCGGAAGGACACCAUGGCCAGCAGGGUCUUUGAGGGUCUCGACAGCGGAUCCUAACCUUCGACCAGUUCAGGUCGAUUAUGACGUUCAACUACCGUGUCAGUCAAGCGGUCGUCG